UUUCAAUCUCAGUAAAUAAGCUUUUAUCUCUAGGUACUUGAUAUCUUUUAGCUGAGAAGAACUUGUUUAAAGUAAUAGGCUUUAUUCAUCAAUACCCAAAAACAGAAUGUAGGAAGGCUCCAAUCUGGUUUUCAAAAGAAAUCUGAAAUUCUUAAGAUUAGUUUAUUGGUUCAAAAUUACUUUAUCAUAUGAGUAUGAGGUUUUAGUUUCAGAAUUGGUGCCAUGUUCUUUUUCGAAUCUCUCUGUUCAUGGAUAUUACAAACUCGAUCUCAACAAUUUGAGGAAAUGGUCCUGUACGUUUUCCGGCAUUUUCUAUCCAAAUGUGUUGUAGAAUGGAUAGCUUCAUUAGCCCCAAAUAGAAAAUAAGAGGAUCUUUAUGAUUAAUUUGUGACCCUUGCUUGGGUUGUUUAAGCAACAAGCUGCAAAUCAAGAUGGACGAAAAUGCCAAGUGUGUACCGCUCAACUGUUAAUUCUUCUGAAAAUAACAGCCAUCUAAGCUUCAAUCCCGCCACCAAAUAAUGUUGACUUAUUCACUUAGUAUCUCAAUAUGGUGAACGCUAGCUAGUAGUCGUCCAAUAAUAGCUCAUAAAGCCAGAGAUGGUCCAUAACUGCAUGUUAUUAGUUUUUCAUCUGCUUAAUUUUGAUAUGUCUUCACUUUUUCAGGCAGAUUCUUCUACGUCCAAGGCAAUGUGAUGAAAAUCUUGUGGAGCAGUUAUCAAUGCACUUGGCUGUUGCAGAUGCUUCAGGAUUGCCAGCUGGGUGGAGUAGACUUGCCCACUUUAGCUUUACCUUGGUUAAUCAACUUGACGGCAAGAAGUCCAUAACAAAAUCUACAAAGGGCACUGUACUGUUCAAUGAAUAUCAGAGUGAGUUGGGCUUCAAGCCGUUCGUGCCUGCUAGUGAGCUUUAUGACUGGACUGCUGGUUAUCUUGUGAGCAACAAGUGUAUUAUAAAAGCAAAGGUUGCAAGCCCAAUUGUUAAAAUUGAAGACCCCGGAACUGAGAAUACCUCAAAGAAAGAAUCCAACAGGAAGGAGCCUUCAAAUGUGAAUUCUGGGCAAGCUCAAGUUUUUUCAGCAUUUCCUAAGACUCAGGUGGCUGCCUUACACGAUACUCCAACUUCUGAACCAUUUUGCACCAAGGUUACAACCCCAACCGAUAUUGUUGAAGACCUGGGAACUGGGACUUCCUCAGAGAAAAAAUCCAACAGGGAGGAACCUUCAAAUGUGAAUUCAGCUCAAGUCUUUUCAGCCGCACCUAAGACAAUCUCUUCUGAACAGGUGGCUGACUUACAAGAUACAACAGCUUCUGAACCAUUUUGCAUUAAGGCUACUAAUGAUGGCAAGGCUGGCCCUUCUGUAGUUGAGAAACUUGGUGGAGUCUUCACCAGUCACCACCCCAUCGCUUAUAGAAUUCAGGGGUUUAGGGCUCAUAGAUAAACAUUUUGUUCCACUGCUUGAGGAAGUCUGUUCAUGGCACCCUUCAUUGAUUGAAUGCCAGAAGAACAGAUCUCGUACAUUUAGUGAAUGUGCAUUCAAAUCUUUGGGUAAGCUACUGCAUAUUCUAAAGACUACCAAGGUCAAGGAUAUGACUGGGGAUAAGUUUGCAGAUAUUCAAAAGUUGUGGGAAGAGCUUGAUGUCUUCGGAUUUGACUUGGCUUGGUUGAAGCCUUGUGUUCAAUCUGUUUUGGGCAGGAAGAAAUUUAUCGAAAUGUCAGGAAAAGUUACAAGACUGAGGGAGCAUGUGGAUGAGUUGGAGGUUGAAUUAAAGAGACAGAGGACUGCACUAAUUUCUGCUGAGGUGGAUCUUGAGAUGAAAAGAAGAGACUUGGCAGAGACCGACGAGUUAGAUUUAAACUCUGAGCUGGGUUAUGGAAGGAAAUAGCCUCAAUAGGCAUGUCUGCUCAUUAACAUUUACAUUGUGUUUAAGUACUUAUGGUAGGAGUUAGGCAAGUUGGAUCAGUGAAGUAUUUAAAUACUUGCCUUCUAUCUUUGUUCUUUCAAUGUUAAGAAUGUAACAGUAUACAAUUCCUCCUCUGGAGCACUAUUAAGUAGAUGAACUCAUUAUUCUUUGGAUCUGGCUCCUCUAAAGUGAGGAGUGUGAAUUUACUUCAAUUUCAUAAAAUCUCGACUCCUUAAUCUAUUGACACAUCACUCUUCCACAAUUUACGAUUUUUCCAUAUAAACCACAAUUUACUCCUUAGUCUACUUUGAUUCCUAGAAUGCAGUAACUAGUCCAUAGCAUGCUUCAUAUUUUGUUUGGUCCAAAACCCUCCCUUAAACCCUUCACCACCAAAAUCACCAAAGCCUUCUUCUCCACUACACCAACCUCCACACCAACAUUACUUCUAAAACGAUGCAACUCCCUACUCCAAGUCAACCUCGUCCACCAACACAUCCUCGUCCGCGGCGUCUCCCACUCCCUCACCGACCUCAUCGCUGCCUACGUAGCCUGCAACGCUCCUUCACAAGCCUUGUCUGUCCUCGAACGCCUCGCCCCGCCGUGCCCCGCCACCGUCUACUGGUGGAACGUGCUUAUCCGGAGCGCCGUGCGUUCUGGGUUUCUUGAAGACGUGCUCUGUCUCUACCGGAGAAUGCAGAGACUUGGGUGGAAGCCUGACCAUUAUACUUACCCUUUUGUCUUCAAAGCCUGCGGCGAGCUUGGCUCGUUCCGGCGAGGCGCCUCGGUCCAUGGGGCUGUGUGUGCGGCUGGGUUUGAGUCGAAUGUGUUUGUUUGCAAUGCGGUGGUGGCAAUGUACGGCAGGUGUGGGGCUUUGGGAGAUGCACGGAAGGUGUUCGACGAAAUGCUUGAGAGAGGGAUUGGGGAUGUUGUGUCGUGGAAUUCGAUUACAGCGGUUUAUGCUCAGAGUGGGGAUUCAAAGAAUGCGGUUGGAAUGUUUGGUUUGAUGACAGGUGAUUUUCGUGUGCAGCCGGAUGCUGUUAGCUUGGUUAAUGUUCUUCCUUCAUGCGCUUCGCUUGGGGAACCGAAGUGGGGGAUGCAGAUUCACGGUUAUGCUGUUAAGAGUGGGUUGGCUGAGGAUGUGUUUGUGGGGAAUGCCGUUAUUGAUAUGUAUGCUAAGUGUGGGAUGAUGGAUGAGGCAAACAAUGUGUUUGAUAGGAUGAAGGAUAAGGAUGUGGUUUCGUGGAAUGCUGUGGUAACUGGGUAUUCUCAGGUUGGUAGAUUUGAGAAUGUUAUUGGUUUAUUUGAAAAGAUGAGGGAGGCGAAGAUUGAAUUGAAUGUUGUCACUUGGAGUGCUGUGAUUGCAGGGUAUGCACAGAGGGGACAUGGUUACCAAGCACUGGAUGUGUUUCGGCAAAUGAUGGCUUGUGGCUCUGAGCCGAAUGUUGUGACACUUGUGUCUCUUCUUUCAGGUUGUGCCUCUGCAGGAGCACUAAAUCAUGGCAGAGAAACUCACGGUUAUGCAAUAAAAUGGAUGCUGAACUUGGAAGGUAAUGACCCUGGCAAUGAUAUUAUGGUAAUUAAUGGUUUGAUUGACAUGUAUACUAAAUGCAAGAGUGCCAAAGUUGCUCGAACGAUUUUUGAUUCUCUAUCACCGGACACAAAAAAUGUGGUGACUUGGACGGUGAUGAUUGGCGGGUAUGCCCAGCAUGGUGAAGCAAAUGAGGCACUUGAACUUUUCUACCAGAUGCUAAGACAGAAUUUUCCCUUAAAGCCAAAUGGUUUUACUAUAUCUUGUGCCCUGAUGGCCUGUGCUCGUCUGGGUGCAUUGAGGUCUGGUAAACAAAUUCAUGCUUAUGUACUACGCAAUCAGUAUGAUUCUAUGAAGCUGUUUGUGGCCAAUUGCCUUAUUGAUAUGUAUUCCAAAUCUGGAGACGUUGAUGCUGCUAGAGUUGUGUUUGAUAACCUGGAGCAUCGGAAUGAAGUUUCUUGGACUUCACUAAUGACAGGUUAUGGAAUGCAUGGUCGUGGUGAAGAAGCUCUACAAAUUUUUGAUGAGAUGCAGAGACUGGGCCUGGUGCCUGAUGCUGUAACAUUUCUUGUUGUUCUCUAUGCUUGCAGCCAUUCUGGAAUGAUUGAUGAGGGAAUGAGAUACUUCAAUGGCAUGAGCAAGAACUCUGGGGUUGUUCCUGGGCCAGAGCACUAUGCUUGCAUGGCUGACCUCUUGGGGCGUGCUGGUCGCUUGGAUGACGCUAUGAACCUGAUCAAAAGCAUGCCUAUGGAACCGACCCCAAUUGUAUGGGUGGCCUUACUCAGUGCUUGCAGGAUCCAUGGCAAUGUUGAACUUGGGGAAUAUGCUGCAGAUCGGUUAACAGAGUUGGACUCAGAGAAUGAUGGUUCCUAUACAUUGCUUUCAAACAUAUAUGCCAAUGCCAAGCGUUGGAAAGAUGUUUCCAGGAUUAGAUUGUUAAUGAAACAUACAGGCAUCAAGAAGAGGCCGGGUUGUAGUUGGGUGCAAGGAAAGAAAGGCACAACAACCUUCUUUGUGGGUGAUAGGACUCAUCCACAGUCUGAAAAAAUAUAUGAGAUCCUUGCAGAUUUGAUAAAGCGCAUCAAAGGCAUGGGGUACGUUCCUGAGACAAGCUUUGCCCUUCAUGAUGUUGAUGAUGAGGAGAAAGGAGAUCUUCUCUUUGAACACAGUGAGAAGUUAGCUCUGGCCUAUGCAAUCCUAACCACCCCACCAGGUGCGCCCAUCCGGAUUACCAAGAACUUGCGUGUUUGUGGUGAUUGCCACACUGCAAUGAAGUACAUAUCCAUGAUUAUUGCGCAUGAAAUCAUACUGAGAGAUUCAAGUCGUUUCCAUCAUUUCGAGAAAGGAUCCUGCUCAUGCCGAGGCUAUUGGUGAUAGAAAUUAUGCUAGUUGUGUGCUCAUCUUUCCUUCGUAUCAUAUCCUAUCUGCAUGAGAUUGUAAGAUUACUGGAUGAUGGUGAAGACGGCCAUUAUUUAUAAUAGCGAUGAAAACAUCAUUGUCUCACAAUCAUUGGUCCACGAUUUGCAAGUUUCAAAAAUUCCUUCCUCGAUCAAUGAGUCAUGCCUAAUAGUAAAAGAAAAGAAUUGGCCUGAGGAGUCGUUCUGUUCUUUCAAAGAAUGGACGCCAGUCCUGCUAGAUGUCAUUGCACCUUUCUAAUCAGCGUGCCAUCAUUCAACACUCAUACAUCCAUAUUGGCAGUAUGAAUAGUGAUGCAAGAGAGAAUGGAAUUGACAGAAAAAUACUUGUUUUUGAGGUAAUUAUAUACGAUACCAAUUUUUUCUCAUCAUAGAUGCAUACUGCAUGUGGUCUAUCAUGCAGUAUUCCUUCUUGAUGCUAGUUGCUGGGAAAGAAAAAAAAGCAUGUUUUGUUGAAGUCCAGGUGGAGAGAAGAGAGUGAUUGUUAUGCACAAUCUAAUGAGCUUUUAGUGUCCAUGAAUUAAUCAGGAAAGAAAUGUAGGAUGGUGUAGAGGAGGCAAAGAAGAACGCCCUUUCUUUUUUGUCUUCCAUUUAUUUUGCAAUGGGGGCGUAUGAA